CAUGCUACAGUAAAGGGUUCACAACUCUGUAUAUUAAAAAAAGACUUGCAGAGACAUGACGCGACCGCCAGAGGGUGUAGUUGCUACGAACGAUAAUCACAAAUAGAGAGUUUUAUUUUCUAAGCUGUGACCGGAAGUGGGAUCCCGUCGCGCCUGGCCCCCGCAGUUACCAAUCGUUCGCCAGUUUCUGUGUCAUGACUGCGGCUCCGAGUGGCGUCUCCAAACUCCACAAUGCGGCGUUACAGCCGCGCGCUGACGCUGUGCACGCUGUUCGCCGUGUUCUCCGGCCUGUACGUGUACAACAAGCUGCUGUACUCGGACGUGUCGGCCGCGGGGAGCGGGCCGAGGAGGGCUCUCGUCCCAGCCAGGGCGCCCGGAGCCGCUCGAGGGGCCGCGGACAAGACCGGGCCCCAAAACCUGCACUGGUACAAUAGGUACAUCAUGCGUCAGCGGGGACAGGCGGAGGUCGGCGGCGGCGUUCGGAGCGGCCCUGAGCCUCCCAUGCACCUGGCUGUGGUGGCCUGUGGCGAGAGGCUGGAGGAGACCCUCACCAUGAUCAAGUCUGCUGUGCUUUUCAGCAUCAAACGCCUCUGCCUGCACAUCUUUGCCGAGGGUCAACUACACGCCAGCUUCAUAGAAGCUCUGGAGUCGUGGCCCGGCUUUAUUCACUCCAGGUUCCAGUACACAGUCUACUCCAUCAGCUUCCCCAGUGAGAACGCAGCGGAGUGGAAGAAACUCUUCAAACCCUGCGCUUCUCAGAGGCUUUUUUUACCUCUGAUCCUAAAGGACGUCGACUCGAUUGUGUACGUGGACUCGGACAUCCUGUUCCUGCAGCCCGUAGACAGACUGUGGACGUUCCUCUCCCGAUUUAAUUCCUCUCAGUUGGCGGCCAUGGCCCCUGAGCAUGAGGAGCCCCGCAUCGCCUGGUACAACCGCUUCGCCCGCCACCCCUUCUACGGCAGGACGGGCAUCAACUCAGGCGUCAUGGUUAUGAACAUGACGAGGAUGAGGAGCACGUUCUUUAAGAAUGACAUGACGUCUGUUGGGCUGCGUUGGGAGGAGCUGCUAAUGCCUCUGCUCCAGAAAUAUAAACUGAACAUAACCUGGGGGGACCAGGACCUUCUCAAUAUAAUUUUCCACCACAACCCUGAGACGUUGCUGGAGUUUCCUUGCCAGUGGAAUUAUCGUCCAGACCAUUGCAUCUACGGCAGCAACUGUGCGUCGGCCGAGGAGGAUGGCAUCUACGUACUGCAUGGAAACAGAGGGGUUUACCACGACAACAAGCAACCUGCCUUCAGAGCUGUGUACGAGGCAAUACGGAAGUACCCAUUUGGCGCAGACCCAGUGACAUCUUUGUUGGAUCCUCUCGAAGAGGAACUGUUGAAGACAACACACACCUACUGUGGUAAAUCCCACGCACUCUUCACAAAGAGACUGGCACACAGCCUGACAAAUACCAACAGCAAGGCUCCUCGCAGACAGUGACAAAACAUGAAAUACAAGAUGGGACGGACGCCAACGGGAUUUUUAGAAGCUCGGCCACCAAGAUGAGGAAGACUUCAUAUUGUGGCUUACCGUUCAUACUUAGUUUUCUUGAACUCCCAGCUUCUGAUCCCACAAAGCUGAGUGAAGUUUGCCUGCUUUGAACGGCAGGGUUUGUUAUUGACUGAUGUGCCAACACUAAAGCUUGGCAAACAAAUUGUUAACUGGCACUGGUAAAAAACAAAACAUGAACAUACCUCUUUGACUCUGUGGAACAAGUAGAGUAUCUCGAAAACUUUGGUGAACAUUCGCUAAAUGUUCUUUUGCUGGAUGUCCGUCCAAAUGUUAACCGAAGUCUGGUUUAAUGGACACCCAACCAGUGAGACCGUUGCAAACCAGUAACUGCUCACCUCUUGUAAGUUGCUCUGGAUAAGAGCGUGAUAUAAAAGCCUCUAAUCUACUGUAAAUGUAGUGUAGGCCAUUUGUGGUUAAAUACUCAAUUUAACAGUUGCUUUGCUACAAAUUUUUCCUCUCGGGUUUUUAUUAUUUUACUGACAACUGGAGAUUUUUCAGUGCCUUCGGCUAAUGACCAAAGGUGCUAGAGAUCAAUAAAAGUUUGGGAGAGUAUCUCUUGACUUUCCAUAUUGGAGAAUUUUAUUAAACCUUGUGAAACGCUCUUAUUGAAAGAGACACACCAUGGUAGAGCUGGACAAAAGGCUUUCUGCAGGGCCUACGUUGGAGACAUGCACUGGACCACUUUUUCCGUCUUUAGAAACCACUUAGAAACAUGGAAGGACAGUCAUUUAUGAGAAUUAAAAUAAAAUAUAUUUUCUAUAUUUUCAGAUAACGGUGCAGAGUAAACAUUUGGUCUAUUCUUUGCUGUUUUGUUACAUGGGUUGCCAUGACCUGGGGGGCAAAGAAAGAAGGGUUGUUCUUUUCUGGUACAAUGUACAAUUUGGGGUCUCUGUUGUUGUGAUGUCUGGACACAUGACUCUACAUCUUCAUGUUUUUAGUUUCUUUGAAAUAACCUUUCAUACCCUCCCCUAUGUUGUUGUAUGGACAUUGCUGCUGAAUAAUUGGAUACCACAGACUCCUUUUUAAUAAGAUGUGUAAUGGCAACCAGGCACAUAGGUAUGAUGGGAAUUCUUUCAGUAAUCUCCAACACACAGCAUAGCUGGUGCACAUCAGUAUGCAAAAUGCAGAAAAACUGCUACUGAACAUGUGAAUAAGCUACAAGUUCUCUCCUGAUACCAAAGUAUUUGUUUUAUUACUAUAAUUUUGCACCGGUGAAUGUAUUUUGAACACUGAGGGAUGAAAUGUUGUAAAUAAAUGUAAUGACUGUCA